UCCUGGUGCAAAGCAGCAACACACCCUGGAGGUAGGCUAACUAAAGUUACCUGCGCGCUGCUGACGUUUUCACAACACACGUUAACAGCAGGAGCAGCUGGGAGUCCUGUUCAAGCUGACUGGAGUCAUCUGAGGAACAAUGAACUGAUGUGUCGUUAAGAUAGCUGACUAUUCCUAUGUUCUUCUCAACAUGGAAAGAUAUGGGACUCUGUGAAAGCUACCUGGAGGUUGUAAUGGAAACCCUGCCAGUAGGUUGGACUGUGGGAGACGGGGCAAGACUGUUGAAGGGGGGAGUCGCUGAGUCCAAAACACUUGUCCAUGAUCUGUUUCACGAAGAUGCACAGGGCUUCCAGCUGUCCAGCCAGCCGUGGUGGAGGAUCAAGCUGUUUGUGUGGGCUCCGGUGCUCUUUGGUACCUGGGAUGGAGUUUUCACCACCUGCAUGAUCAACAUCUUUGGUGUGGUGCUGUUCCUACGUACGGGCUACCUGGUGGGGAACACAGGCGUGCUGCUCGGGAUGUUCCUGGUCUCCUUGGUUGUGCUGGUGGCUUUAGUGACGGUAAUGUCCGGGAUCGGAGUGUGUGAGCACUGCGGUGUUGGUAGUGGAGGAAUCUACUCCAUGAUCUCCACUGUCCUGGGUGGCAGGGUUGGGGGCACUGUCGGCCUCCUUUACGUGUUUGGACAGUGUGUAGCUGGAGCCAUGUACAUCACAGGUUUCUCUGAGUCAGUGGCAGAGCUGCUAAGUCUACAGAACCAGUGGGCGGUGCGCGGCAUGUCGGCGGCGGUGCUGCUGGCACUGCUUGGAAUCAACCUGGCUGGUGUCAAGUGGAUUGUCCGACUCCAGCUGCUGCUGCUGGCUGUGCUGGCCAUCUCCACGCUGGACUUUGUCAUCGGCACCUUCACACAUCUUGACCCAGAACAUGGUUUCAUUGGUUAUUCAGCCGGGCUGCUCAGCAGCAACACAAUGCCAGAUUACACCUCAGGAGAAAACUUCUUCACCGUCUUUGGGGUCUUCUUCCCUGCUGCUACAGGGGUUAUGGCAGGUUUCAACAUGAGCUCAGACCUUCAGCGGCCUGAACACAACAUCCCUGUGGGAACACUGGCAGCUGUCUUCACCUCGUGGUUCCUGUAUCUGGUCUUUGUCUUCCUUCUGGGGGCCAUCUGCACCAGAGAAGCUCUGCGCUAUGACUUCUUGAUAGCAGAAAAGGUCUCCUUGGUGGGCUUCCUCUUUCUGCUGGGCCUCUACAUCUCCUCCCUGGCUUCCUGCAUGGGCGGGCUGUACGGUGCACCCAGGAUCCUCCACUGCAUCGCCCAAGAGGGGGUCAUCCCUGCUCUGGCCUUCCUGGGAAGAGAGAAAGGCCCAAACAGGACUCCAGUGGCAGCUAUCUGUCUGACCAGCCUGCUGACCAUGGCCUUCGUUUUCAUCGGUCAGGUCAACGUGCUGGCCCCCAUCGUCUCCAUAAACUUCAUGCUCACAUACAGCUUCAUCGACUACUCCUACUUCAGUGUGGCCAUGACCUUCCAGCUGCAGACUAAAGAGAAGAGGGGCUCCCUCAUCCCGGCCAAAAGAAACCAGCGUGGGUCAACCAGGCAGAGCGCCAGGCCUCUGAUCGUGGCAACUCUCCCAAGCUAUGGGAGUGGAGGUGGGAGUCCGCAGCAGUGUAAAGGCACUCUUUUGGAGUUCACCAAGGACAUGGACCAGAUCUUUCCCCCUGUGUCAAAUGUUGAUGCUGGCGCUGAGAAGACCUCCAUGCAAGAGCUGAGCAGUAGAUGCAAGGGCAGAAAGGCUAAUGUCACUUCUAAGCAGAUGCUGAUGGACAGCUUUGGCUUGGACCUAAACAGCAAUAUGUUCUCAGAAGAGAAAGUAGAGGAUGUGAGUUUGGCUACACCACAUGAGGAGGCUGGAGAAGAACCACAAGUCAAAUGCCGCUCUAAAGUAAACGAUGCUGAUCAGGAUUCAUCUGCUGACUCUCUCGAUCACAGCGCAGGUACUGGAGGUAAAACAGAGGACCAGAGUUUUGAAAUUAAACCCAUGCAGGAUUCAUUGUAUGCAAAGUUCUGCAAUCACUGGGUCGCUCUUAUCGGGGCAUUGAGCUCCAUACUGAUUAUGUUUGUUAUUCAGUGGGUUUAUGCCUUAGCAAACAUAAUCUUUGCCUUGCUGCUCUUCUUCUACAUUGGGAAAGCAAGUCCUGGACUACCUAUAGGUAUUGCAGGUCGAUUCAGCUUUUUCACGUGGCUCAAAUCAACAUUGAAUAGCAUUUGCAGGGGGAAAGUAUCACCUCAGGAUGAGAUCGUAGUCACCCCCUCUCUGUCCGGGUUUGGGGUGAAAACCAAGCAGCUGACGGAGGAAAAUGAUGACUUUGCCUCUCGUCACCGCUACCACCAAUCCUCAUUCAUCAUGGCCGACACGAUGGUGCAACCACCACUCGACUGACUGACUUAAGCACUGCCUCUGUGACAUGUCAUAGCUGUAAGCCUGAAACUACAUUUCCUGCCUCAAACAGUGUCUCAUGUUGCCCUGUGGGUCACAUUCUGCACGCAUAUUUUAUUCAACAGAGACUGCUGGGUCACUUCCAGCCACCAUGGUUCUCAUGUGGGUUAAAUAGCCUGUGUACAUGUGACAAAAAGGUUUAAUUAAAAUGUGUUUGUUCACUUCUA